AUGAGGGAAGGUUGGAAAGUGCGCACAGCUGAUGAAUGUGACGCUGCGGUGCGCGCAGAAUUUCCCAACCAUCUUGAAGAACCGAAACUUCACAACGCGAUUACUUCCUAUAUGAUACAUCGUCAGUGUGGCCCUGUAGAGCCUCACUCACCGUGUAUGCAAGGUGUAUCAUGCUCUAAGCGAUCCCCAAAGCCUUUGCGUCAGACAACUUCGAUGGAAGAAGAUGGGUACCCAUUGUACAAAAGACGCAAUCUUUUCCCAACGGAGAUACCCGAUGAAAUAAGCCAACAGCUCAACACUAGAUACGUUUCCGCACCGCAAAGUAUCUACAGAGUUUUCGGAUUUCCUCUGCAAGACAAAUCGCAUACUGUGUACAGAUUGGCAGUACAUUUACCAGAGUUCCAAACCGUCUACUUCGUCGAAGGAAGAGAACGAGAUUCUCUGAUGUCGUGGGAUGAAUUUGCUCACUCAAUGUCCGAUGACUACAUUCAUCAAGGAGUUGAUCAGGAGCGUGCUAUCUCGCUCGCUUAUUUUGACGUUCUCGAUAGAACGAGCCUGCUAGGUAAAGAUCUGGCUCAAAUAGUCAGUCCACCUACGCGCGAACGCCCUCCACCUGUUGCUAUACCGAUUGACUACGACACCCAUGAGAGGAACGGCGUUCGCCAGUACGAUACGCUCAAUGCUAUGCAGAAGGAAGCCGCAGAUAGCAUCCUUUCAUCACUGGACGGUAAUGGGAGCCGAUACAUUUUCGUUGACGGACCAGGUGGCAGAGGAAAGACAUAUUUAUAUAACACUGUAUACAACAUUGCAGUUGCCCUUUUGAGAGACAUCAUGCAGAACAAUAUACCCUUUGGCGGAAAAGCAGGUCAGCACCGUUGUUUGAAGCACGGCCCAACGCAGCCAAAUGUGUUGAAGCCUCAUGUUUCGCAAGAUCGCAUUAUCUCUGGCUCUUAUGAGAGGUCAAGCCGAAGGAAACACUUAGAAAUAAUUCCUUUUGGAAAUCGUACCAUUCUAGCGCCUAAAAAUGUUCAUGUUCAACCUUUAAAUGAAGAUUCGUUGGACCGCCUUCAAGUGGAUAAUCCAGGCGACGAACGGCACUACAAAAGUGUUGACGAAGCAAUCUAUUCGGAAGGGCAGACAGGACUGCUUUUUCUCAUGUAG